GCGACGCAGGUAUUUUGCAGGCACAUCACGCGAUGAGGGCAAUUGGAAUCUGAGAAGUAUAUAAAGCAAUCGGACUAUGUACUAACCACUUAAGUAGCAAGGUCAUUUACCGUCGCACCGAAGACCCGCAAGGAGAACUUACAUAACUCAAGUAGCGCGACCGGGGUUCAGGACCGGGGUGAUGGGAGUUGCGUAGCUACUCAGCUAUGCUACUCCAAUUCGACUAACGCACGUCCAAUGUUGCUCUCAUCCUCCACUCCCAAGUUUCGAGUAGCAAUCUGUGGUGCAGGCAUAGGAGGGCUUUUUGCUGGGCGUGAUAUCCACAUAGACUUAUACGAAGCGCAUGAUGCCAUCACUACCGCUGGUGCUGGGAUUUCAGUCUCGCGACGCACGGCGGAGGUCAUGGUGGAACUCGGAUUGUAUGAAAAAUUCCCCCACACUUCCUCUAGUUAUGAUAUGAGAUUAAGGAAGUCUAAUGCCCCAAACGGUGGUUUUGAUGUCUUCAGAACAUGUUUACUCUCCACAGUUGGACAGGGAUCCAAAAUGCAUCGCAGGGAUCUCCUUGACAUUCUCAAGCAAAGCAUCCCGUCCUCAUGCACUGAUCCACUCAUCCUCUACUUCGCUGAUGACAGCACCUCGACCGCCGACGUGUUAGUAGGGGCAGACGGUAUCCGCUCAUCAGUGCGGAAGACAUUCUUCGAAGCACUAGGCCCAGACACCGUAGACCCAAGCAAGAUAAGACACUACAGUCAUCCAUCUUGGACCGGAACAGCUUGUCUAUCGCUAGCGUCUUUCCAGCGGAGAAGCUCUCGAAAUUGGAUCCAAAGUAACGUAGCUUUGAAUAAUUUCAUUAUAUUCUGCGGGAAGGGAAAGCACAUCGCCUCGUAUCCGGUUUCGCAAGGAACGCAGAUCAAUGUCGCAGCAUAUGCUUCUGAUGAACAGAAAGCUGGCACACCUUUUGAAGGCCGUUGGGUUUCAGAUGUAUCGCUAGAAGAGGUUGAGGAAGCAUUUCAGGACUUCGAGCCUGAUGCUAAGCGCCUUCUGAACUGUUUCGAAAAACCCUCAAGAUGGGCGCUUCACGUGGUAAAUGAAUUGCCGUUAGUCACUUGCGACAGAGUUGCGCUGAUAGGUGACGCGGCCCAUGCCAUGACGCCCUCCUGUGGCGCUGGAGCUGGUCAGGCAAUCGAGGAUGCUUUUGUGCUUGGAAAGAUGUUCGAUUUUCACGCACCUGGUUAUUAUGAUGGGACAGAUCGAGGCAACGAACGAGAGGAGAUGGAGAUUCUGAAAGAGAAGAUCGUAGACCAGUGGAAUUGGGAAAGUAAAGGUGAAGGUGGUGCUGUUGCUGAAUGGGAAAAGGCAGAAAGGCAGCUGCAGGAGGGUUCGUACAAUGGAGGGUAUGAGAACGGUACAUCAUGAUCACUGUAUACUAGCAAUGAGUUUUUUGCAUGCGAGUUGCAUAAACGCACAUUCGACCGAGGAAGGUUAGUAGACCAGUAAGCUUGUUUGAUGAUCAACUUGUCA